GUUUUGGUUUGUUUCAUUUUUUCGUGGAACGUUCCCUCCACCUGCAUGUACAUAAAUAUGAGUCUAAACUCGAGAAAAAAAUAAAGAUCGAGAAAUGAGAAAUACAAUUUCCUCAAAAAUGGGUCAAGUUCUAAUUGUGCUUCUUCUCCUCUGCACCGUCCUUUGCCGUACCGAGUCAGCUCUUCCUUCGGGUCAACAUUCAGUCCUACUAACCGGAAGGAGAUUGAUGGGUUCGGGCGCUUCGGGACCAGUAAGAUCAUCGCAGAGUAGCCAAGCUGGUGGACGUUUUAAUGAUGCUGAUCCUAUCGCCAUAGAUUACGGAAAAUAUUAAAUUUCUUUUUGAUUUCAGUUUUUCCAAAUUUAAUGAUGUUUUAAUCGUUUUCUGCUGCUUUUUCAUCAGUUUACAGUCAACUGUUACGUGAUAUUUCCCUUGUUUGAAGUCAUGAAAUUUCUUGUAUCGUGAUCUAUAUUAUAUAUUUUGUGUUUUUGUUUGUUUUCAUUGUUAGAACAUAUUUAUUUCCUUAAAACAUGGAAACGUAAUCUAUAUUUGGAAAAACUAAUGUCAUACGAUUUUUUAGCCAAGGGAACAGAACCAUCGAUAUAUGGACAAAUUAAUGGUGCUCCUCUCUAAUUUCGCCAUCAUCUCUUCCUAAUUUCCAAUUUUUGGUUUAAGAAAUGUAUUUUUUUGUAUUUUAGCUAUCGGCCAUUACAAGUCCAGUUUUUUUUUACAUUUUGAUAAAAAGAAAAAACAAAUCCAGUUUUUAAAGUCUCAGUGAUGUACGUGUUUUCAGAUAUAUAUAUAUAUAUCACAUAUGGGAUUGUUGAGAUGGUGGGGUUUUUAAUGGAGGAUCGAGAAGGACGAUCUAAACCAAGAUGGAACGGUCGAGAUGACUAACCGAUAUUAUAGAAAUAGCGAAGAUAUGAUUAUAGAAGAAUCAACCAUCUUUUGGUUUCUUCUUGAUUUUUCUAUAAUCAUAUCUUCAUUAUUUUCAUAAUAUUGGUUAAUCAUCUCGACCGUUCGAACUUUGUUUAGGUCGAUCUUCUCGAUUUCCCAAUAAUUUUCUAGUUCAUUAUUUUGGAUGUGGUGGUUGGGAAGAUAAAAAGAGGAAACAAAAGAUUUGUGAAAAGCGGAACAAAGAUUAGAAAAUAAGAAAUGAUUAGAGUCAUUUCAAUAUCCAGUGAGCAAAAACUCUACCGAAAUUGAAGGAAUUGAGGAGUUUUGAAGAGGAAGAAGUAGUGGCGGGUGAUGAAAUGGCAAUUGAUGGAGAGGAGGAAUUAGGGCUUCUUGGUGAAUUUGGGGGAAAUUUUGAGAGUGAAGAGAGUGUUUAUGUCAUUGAAGAAGGCGAGGAGGCAAAAAACUGAAAUGAAAGGUUCUUAUUUAGUUUAUCCGUUGCAAUGUGUGCCAAUCUUUUUUUCUAAUUUAUUAUUAAACUGUAUAAACUUUUUUUUUGUUUAUU